AGAAGAACAUUCCAGAAGCGUCCUCUGAGAAAGUAAUAUAUACGGAGGCGCGAGUACGGGAUCUUCACUCACGUUGCGAAUCGUGGAACGAGGAACUUCUUCGCUAUCCUACAAAGCAAGCAUUUUACGUACGAACAAAGCGAACAAAGAAAGAAAACAGCAAAGAUGGCCAAAGCACCCGCAGUUGGUAUUGAUCUCGGCACCACUUACUCAUGCGUUGGCGUUUUCCAGCAUGGAAAAGUGGAAAUCAUUGCCAAUGAUCAAGGAAACCGAACAACGCCCAGCUACGUUGCGUUUACAGACACCGAACGGUUAAUCGGCGAUGCCGCCAAAAACCAAGUCGCCAUGAAUCCCAACAACACAAUAUUCGAUGCGAAACGACUUAUUGGACGUCGUUUCCAAGAUGCUACCGUUCAAGCUGACAUGAAACACUGGCCCUUCACUGUAGUGAGCGACGAUGGCAAACCUAAAAUUCAAGUACAGUACAAAGGAGAGACGAAGACUUUCUUCCCUGAAGAAGUGAGUUCAAUGGUCCUGGUGAAGAUGAAGGAAACUGCUGAGGCAUAUCUUGGAAAGUCCGUCAGCAAUGCCGUGAUCACUGUACCUGCUUACUUCAACGACUCGCAGCGUCAGGCAACCAAGGACGCUGGUACCAUCUCGGGCUUGAACGUUUUACGUAUCAUCAACGAGCCCACCGCCGCCGCCAUUGCUUACGGCUUGGACAAAAAAACAAACAACGAGCGCAACGUCCUAAUUUUCGAUCUCGGUGGUGGCACCUUCGAUGUCUCUAUCUUGACUAUCGAAGAUGGCAUCUUCGAGGUAAAGUCCACAGCAGGAGACACUCACCUUGGCGGUGAAGACUUCGACAACCGUAUGGUCAAUCACUUCGUUCACGAGUUCAAGCGGAAAUACAAGAAAGACUUGACUUCGAAUAAGCGUUCCCUUCGUCGUCUCAGAACAGCCUGCGAACGUGCCAAGCGCACACUUUCGUCGUCCACUCAAGCCAGUAUCGAAAUCGACUCGCUCUAUGAGGGAAUCGAUUUCUAUACAUCGAUCACUAGGGCUCGUUUCGAAGAGCUCUGUGCCGAUCUCUUCAGAGGAACGCUCGAGCCAGUAGAAAAAUCGCUGCGCGAUGCCAAGAUGGACAAAGCUCAGAUUCACGAUAUCGUCCUGGUUGGUGGAUCCACGCGUAUCCCGAAAAUCCAGAAGCUGUUACAGGACUUCUUCAAUGGAAAGGAACUGAACAAAUCUAUCAAUCCCGACGAGGCUGUGGCUUAUGGAGCUGCUGUGCAAGCUGCCAUCCUACACGGUGACAAGUCCGAAGAGGUACAAGACCUACUGCUCCUCGACGUUACACCUCUGUCCCUUGGUAUCGAGACUGCUGGCGGUGUUAUGACCGCUCUCAUCAAAAGGAAUACUACCAUUCCAACGAAACAGACGCAAACCUUCACCACAUAUGCUGACAACCAACCUGGCGUAUUGAUCCAAGUCUAUGAAGGAGAGCGUUCAAUGACGAAGGACAACAAUCUGUUGGGUAAAUUUGAGCUCAGCGGAAUACCUCCAGCACCUCGAGGAGUCCCUCAAAUCGAAGUUACCUUCGACAUUGACGCCAACGGUAUCCUCAACGUCUCGGCAGUGGAUAAAUCUACUGGCAAAGAGAAUAAGAUCACCAUUACCAACGACAAGGGUCGCCUGAGUAAGGAGGAAAUCGAAAGGAUGGUAAACGACGCUGAGAGGUAUCGUAGCGAAGAUGAAAAACAGAAGGAAACCAUUACCGCUAAGAACGGUCUCGAGUCUUACUGCUUCAACAUGAAGAGUACAGUGGAAGACGAGAAGCUGAAAGAUAAAAUCAGUGCCAGUGACAAGCAAGUUGUAUUGGACAAAUGCAACGACAUCAUCAAGUGGCUCGAUGCCAAUCAAUUGGCCGACAAAGAAGAAUUCGAACACAAGCAAAAAGAACUGGAGGCUAUAUGCAAUCCUAUCGUCACCAAAUUGUAUCAAGGAACUGGAGGAGCACACGGUGGAAUUCCUAGUGGCUUCCCAGGAACAGGCGCUGCACCAAGUGGAACUCCUAGUGGCGGCGCUUCCGGACCUACAAUUGAGGAAGUCGAUUAAAUUUCUUUCUAAAGAAAGAAAAAUAAAGAACAUAGAAUUACUACAGCUGCGGUCUUUCGUUCCUCAGUAUAAUUUUAGCUAUCUUUUGUUGGCAUCCAAAGUCAUUUAAAAAUCAUUGUUUUCUUUUUCUUUUGUAAAACUGGGCCUGUAAUGUAUUAUUUAUAUUUAGGUUAUUGUGGAAGACAAUGCAUAAAAAAAGUAUAAUUUUAUUGUACUUAUCAUUUCUAUAUUUUAAAUAGAUCCGUUGUUGAUUUUCUAUGUUCGACGAAAAAAAUGAUCGAAGAAAAAUAAAGAACAUAGAAUUACUACAGCUGCGGUCUUUCGUUCCUCAGUAUAAUUUUAGCUAUCUUUUGUUGUCAUCCAAAGUCAUUUAAAAAUCAUUUAAAAAUCAUUGUUUUCUUUUUCUUUUGUAAAACUGGGCCUGUAAUGUAUUAUUUAUAUUUAGGUUAUUGUAGAAGACAACGCGUAAAAAAAGUAUAAUUUUAUUGUACUUAUCAUUUCUAUAUUUUAGAUAGAUCCGUUGUUGAUUUUCUAUGUUCGACAAACUUCAUAAAAAUAAAAACCAGGCGUACGACAACGCUGAAACUUA